GUUAGGUUUUUUUUUUAGUUUCCUACUCUCUUUGGAAGUUCGGCCUCAAGCCCUGGGAGAUCGGUCGGGUGUUUCCCUGUUCUAUUCCGUUCACGAUAACGACGUUGACAGUUUCCGUUUACGCCGGUGGUCUCUUUAAUCGCAUCGAAGCCACUCUCUGCAUCAAAUCUGCACCGAGAAUUAUAGGUUUACGGUUUUCUUUAAUAAGAUCUCUUCCAGAAGUAUUUGCAGUUAUGAUGGACACCAAAUCAUUGGCGAAAUCAAAGAGGGCUCAUUCUCAACACCAUAGUAAAAAACCUCAUUCGAUUAAAAAAUCAAACCCUUCAUCAUCAACCGGUGCUAACGAACCUGCAAAUUCGAAAAAGCAGUCAUUCAAACAAAUCAGAGAGAAAACUCAGCAGGCGCAGCGUAUAUCUGCAUUACCAUCGAAUCGGAAUCGUUAUGAGGAAGAAUUUGAUUCAGGUUCUGAAGAUCUAAGUCAAGAUCCCGAUACUAUUGUGCCCAAGAGUAAAGGAGCGGACUUCCGUCACCUAAUUGUUGAGGCUCAAUCUCAAUCCCACUCAAAUCCUCAUUCGGAUACCCUGUCUUCUUUAGAUGAAAAUUUUCUCGGAGAUUUCAAUCAAUUUGUAGGUUCUAUGCUUGCAGUCAGGGGAGAGGGUCUUUUGUCAUGGACUGGUAAUGAUAACUUUGUUGUGGAUGACACUACAACUGCAAAUCCUGAGGCCUUGUUUUUCUCCCUUAAUUUGCAUGCUCUUGCUGAACAACUUGAAAAAGUAGAUUUAUCCGAGAGGCUUUUCAUUGAAGCAGAUCUAUUACCACCAAAUCUGUGUUCUGAGAGUUCAAAGGUAAACAGUGAUAAGGAAUCUCAGCAAAUGCAAGUGGCAUCUGAUCGAAAAGGGGCAGCAAAGAUAACUGAAGAAAUAAUUCUGAAUGAUUUACCUGAGAAGGUCAACUUAGCUGCUAAAAUUGUUGAGGAUAUGUCGUUUGGGCCUGGAAGCCAGCCCAUAGGUGAUUCUAUUUCCGGUCAAAGUGGUGAAUUCAGUGAGAGUAGAGCUCCCGAAAGCCUUAAUCCUACAUCUGUAUCCAACAAAAAAGUGCCAACGUUCGAAGCGGAAGCUGUAGAGGCUGAAUUGGAUAUGCUUCUUGAUUCUUUCUGUGAUACUAAAACUCUCUAUACUCCCAGCUCAAAUUCCAGAAAACCCUUGAGUGAAUCACUGCCUCAACAUGCAAGAAAGGGUGUCGUUUCAGACAAAGCUCCACUUACAUCCAGUUUUGAUGAUUCACUUAAUGAUUUGUUACGAGAUACUUCAACAUUGGUAAACCGAGGUAUCGUUUCAUCAAAAGCUGCAGCAGUUAAUUCAGCUACUGAAGAUUUACUUGAUGAUUUGUUACAAGAGACAUCCAAAAUUGACCCAAAUGGUUUGUCUGAACAGAAGUUUGCAAAAGCUGCUUGGGAGAACAAUAUUCAGUCUUCAUCCUCGCAACCGGUCAAAAAGUCAAAGGUCUUGGAUGAUUUCGAUUCAUGGUUAGAUACUAUUUGAUGGUUUGCAAUACAAGAAAGUUCAGUCGUUGGAUCAGAUUUGGCUUUUCACUUUGGUAGCGUAAUAUCGAAAAUUAUUUUCAACACUCUAGCAAUCAUGCCUCAGUUGAUUGCUGCUGUAACCUGGUGAUGAAAUAUUUUCCUUUAGACAUUGCUCUCAUGUUGCAAUCA